AUGCAUAUAGAAUGUAAUACAGUGGUGGAUUAUUUAAAUCAACAAAGAAAACAACCUAGACCUGCAACUAAAGGAAUUACAUUAUUUAGAAAUGGACAAUCACAAAUUUGUUUAGGUAUUGGUAAAGGAACUAAAAUGGUUCAUUUCAAACUUGAAGAAUCUUUAUCAAGAAUUUAUAGUAAUUUUAUAGAUGAUGGAAAAUGUACAAUUGAAUUAAAAUUAGUUGGUGGUUCAAUUUGUAAUAUUAUAAUUUCAAAAGCAAGUCCAAACCAUUUAAAUGAAUUGAUUAAAAUUUUAAAUAUAAUUGACCAACAACCUGAUAGAGCCAAUGAAAUCGAUUUAAGAAAUUUUGAUGGCGAAAAUGAUAGUGAUGGUGAAGAGUAA